UUUAGGGUUUAAGGAAGGGCGAGGGUUUGGGUAGGAAGAGGGUUUAUAAACAUCACUCACGCCUCCUUUUCGUUGUCGUGGUUUACUCCAACUUCACACCAAAAGCCCUUCAGCAUCACCAUGUGGGCGCUUCGUCGAUCCUCUAAUCGUCUCAAGAACCAGGGAUUUAGCAUAGGAACUUUGCAAGCUUGUCAUGCUAAAUCAGAAAUGCUAAGUACUUACUACAAAGACAUGACGGGUAUUUGCAAGUCUCCUCAAGUGAUAAAUGAUUGCCAUCUGAGUUCGAGGACAUUUUACCACCCAACAGAUAUUUAUUCAGUUUUCUCUAUGGGAAGCUGCAGUUUUUCUUCACAGGCUGGUGCCAAAAGCAGCGGAGAGGAAGAUGAUUUGGAAGAUGGGUUUUCUGAACUUGAAGCAUCUGGUAAUGCUGGUGGGUUUCAGGACAGUGAUGCAGAGAGUGAACAUGAAGACGAAUUACUUUCUGAUCCCAAAUCUGAUGAUGAUGAGAUAGAAUCUACACAAAAUGAGCUGGAACCGCUAGAUACUGAUACUGAUGUAAGUGAGAAAAGAUCACCCAGGAAAAGGGUGUCUUCAGAACUUUUCAAGGCUAUCAUGGCUGCUUCGGAUCAACCUAUUCACAGUGUCCUUAAUAAGUGGGAUCAAGAAGGAAAGGAUAUGAGCCAUGCAGAGAUUGCACAGACCAUGCUUAAUCUUCGGAAAAUUCGGAUGUUUUUGAAGGCCUUGCAGUUCUCAGAGUGGAUGGAAGAACAUAAGAAGCUUGAUAUGGUUGAGAGAGAUUAUGCUUCUCGUGUUGAUUUGAUUGCCAAGGUACGUGGUCUUCAGAAGGCAGAGCACUACAUUGAAAAGAUUCCCAAGUCUUAGGGGGAAUUGGUCUACCGAACUCUCCUGGCUAAUUGUGUUUCAACCACCAAUGCGAAGAAAGCAGAGGAAGUAUUCAACAAAAUGAAGGACCUUGGGUUCCCAAUUACAACCUUUGCUUGCAACCAGUUGCUCCUCCUCUACAAGAGGAUUGACAAAAAGAAAAUAGCUGAUGUACUUUUACUAAUGGAGAAGGAAAAUGUCAAACCCUCUCUCUUCACCUACGGACUCUUAAUAGACACCAAAGGUCAAAGCAAUGACAUUACUGGAAUGGAACAAAUUGUUGAGACAAUGAAGGCUGAAGGGAUUGAACCUAACCUUCAAGUACAAUCCAUCUUGGUUAGACACUAUGUCUUUGGUGGGCUCAAAGAAAAAGCUGAGGCAAUUUUGAAGGAGAUGGAAGGAGGCAACUUAAAAGAGAACCGUUGGGUUUGCCGGGUUUUGCUUCCUCCUUAUGCAGCCCUUGGAAAGGCUGAUGAUGUGGAGAGGAUAUGGAAGGUCUGUGAGUCAAAUCCCCGGCUUCCGGAGUUUGUUGCUGCCAUUGAAGCUUAUGGGAAGUUGAAGAAAGUCGAAGAAGCUGAGGCAAUAUUUAACAAGAUGUCAAAAACAUUUAAGAGGCUGUCCUCAAAACAUUAUUCUGCAUUAUUGAAAGUUUAUGCGGACCACAAAAUGCUUAUCAAGGGGAAAGAUCUUGUGAAGCAGAUGUCUGAUAGUGGGUGCCGGAUUGGACCAUUGACUUGGGAUGCACUUGUGAAGCUUUAUGUGGAAGCGGGGGAGGUGGAAAAGGCGGACAAAAUUUUGCAGAAGGCAAUGCAACAAAGCCCGAUAAAGCCAAUGUUUAGUACCUAUAUGGCUAUUAUGGAUCAGUAUGCAAAGAGGGGUGAUAUCCAUAAUUCUGAAAAAAUGUUUCACCAGAUGAGACAGUCUGGUUAUGUGUCUCGGCUUCGGCAGUUCCAAUGUCUAAUCCAGGCUUACGUAAAUGCCAAGGCUCCAGCUUAUGGGAUUAAGGAGAGGAUGAAGGCAGAUAAUAUAUUCCCAAAUAGAGUAGUGGCAGGACAGUUAGCUCAGGUAGAUGCAUUUAGGAAAUCAGCAGUGUCUGAUUUGCUCGAUUGAGGAUUUUGAUGGCUUUCUUUUAGGAUGCAUUUGGGUUGGGUUUCCAGAAACUCACUGAAGAUGGUUAGCGUCAAUGUUUUGCUAAUUUUAUUGUCAACUUAUUUAUCAAUACACAUUGUUACAUUUACUUAUUUGUAGGUUGAACUGUUUAGGCUGUCCAUGUUCGCCCCUUUAUGUUUUUAACAUAUUUCCGUAAGUUCGUUCAUAUUAGCAAAUUCCGCCAGUUUUGUCUGUAUGAGAUGCUUUUAGUUUGAAGAUAAAAUGGGUGACCAACCGUAUUUAGCUGGC